AUGGCCAUGACAUCCUCUGCGACCCGCUCCAAACGAACCGAGGGUCUCCAUGCCACCAUCUCGCACCCCAAGUUGCUCUCCAGCAGCAGCGCUGACUAUCGCCGCCCUGUCGCGACCGCCAUGCCGAAGCAGAACAGCAAACAAUUCCCGCUCAGCCCGACUCGCGCCUAUGGAAAGCGACAUCUCGACCUCUCGUCUGGCAAUUGCGAUGCCGUCAUACCAAAGAAGGCCAGGAUUGCCGUAGAGAUCCCGGCGAGGCCCUCGUCGUACCACGCCCGAGUUGCGAAAGAAUCGGCCGACGCGCCACCAUUGCCGCUGCCCACCAAACCCACUGUCGCGGCGGCGGCACCACCACCACCCCAACCCCGAUCUGCGAUACCGACACGAGCCCCGCCGGCGCAACCCGCGACAGCAAACAAUGCCGAGAAACACCCUACUAGCCUCACAAAACAUCAGGAAAAGGUCGUCAAUGGGCUCAAGCAUGAGCUCAGCAGACUGCAGCCGAACACGGAGGACACAACGAGCACCACCCAAAGCCAGGGUCGCAAGUUGAGGUCACAAGAAGCCACUCGUUUCAAGAGUGAGCUCUCUGCUUAUUUUCCCGAGUACGAUGAGGUCAUUGGCAACGACCAGAAAAAAGAGUGUGAGUUUAUCUUGCAUAUUGUCAUCUCCAUUCAACUGCUAACCCGUUCGCGUCCUUUAGACUCGUUGAAUCUCGAGACUCCAGUCGCCGUAGUAUCCGAUACCGCACCUCCUCCCUCUGCCUGGGCUUCCAAACCUCCAACCUUCCCAGUCGAGAGCUGGGGCGAUAAGUUGUACACCGACCUCCACGACUGCCAACGAAUUGACUUUGCAUUCCUCGCAAAGCAAUCCAAGCCACUUGAUCCCUCACAGCACCAAGCAGACCCCUUGCCCGAUAGUUAUUACGAACCAAUCCAUAAAAAAGAAGAAAAGCAAGAGCGCUCGGUACGAAAUACCGAAAAGAUUCGUGCCCAACAUGAACGAGACCAAGUCAUCCGCCUCCUGGACGGCCUCCAAGGCCCAGACUGGCUCAGAAUCAUGGGUGUGAGCGGCAUCACCGAAUCCAAAAAGAAAACCUUCGAGCCUGCGAGAGAGUAUUUCGUCAAGGGUUGCGAAUCCAUCCUGGAUAAGUUCCGGCGAUGGACGGCGGAGGAGAAGAGAAGGAAGCGGGAGAAGGAAAGGAAAGCGAAAUACCUGGCCGACAGGGAGACUGCCACGAGUGAGGAGAAGGAUCUUGAGCCCUCUGCUGGGUCCAGCCGUGCCACGUCUACAAGUCAUGAGGAGAAGCAUACGAAGAAGAAGAGGAAGAGAGAAGUGGUGGUUCCGGAUAGCGAGGAUGACGCUAUGGGUGAUGAUGAGCUGGAUGGUGAACCACCAGAUGAUGCUGAGGAGAGUGACGUUGAUGCUUCUGUCGCUAAACAGCUUCGAGAAGAGGCUCUUGCGGCGGCUGCUAAGAAGUCGUCUUUGAAUUCUAAGCCGCCACCGAAA